AUGCUGCGGAGGCGGGCCCCAGAGGACAAUACUGUCCUGAUCGACAUGGCCCUGGGGAUGGAGAAGGCGGACUCUUACGGAAGCAUCUCACAGCCCGAUGAACACCAGGCGGCCACUUGCAGGAUCGACUUUGUCCUUGUUUGGGAGGAAGACCUGAGGCUGGGUCAGCAGCAGGACAGUGCCACUCAGGACAAGAGACACACACACAUGGCCUGGCGGGAGACCUUCCUGGAGAACCUUCGUACGGCUGGCCUGCAUGUGGACCAGCAUCUUGUCCAGGAUGAGCACAGCAGAGUGCACUACAUCCUUCUCAGCGCCCCCUGGGCCGUGCUCUGCUACUACGCGGAAGACCUUCGCCUGAAGCUGCCCCUGCAGGAGCUGCCCAAUCAGGCCAGCAACUGGUCGGCCAGCCUGCUGCGGUGGCUGGGCAUCCCCAACAUCAUGCUGGAGGACGUGCCCGAUGUGCCCCCCGAGUAUUACUCCUGCCAGUUCAAAGUGAGCAAGCUGUCGAGGUUCCUCAGGAGUGACAAUCAGGACACCUUCUUCUCCUGCACCCACAGGCACCAGAUCCUGUUUGAGAUCCUGGCCAAGACCCCAUACGGCGAUGACAAGAAAGGUCUGUUUGGGAUCGAGCAGCUGCUGUCCCAGGGCGCCUUCAGGGCGGCCUUCCCCCUGCACGAGGGCCCCUUCACUACACCCCCUGAGGGCCUGUGGGCCCCUGGCCUCAACCAGCGGCAGGUCCUGUUCCAGUACUGGGCCCGCUGGGGCAAGUGGCACAAGUACCAGCCUCUGGACCACGUGCGCAGGUACUUCGGGGAGAAGGUGGCCCUCUACUUCGCCUGGCUGGGGUUCUACACAGGCUGGCUCCUGCCAGCGGCCGUGGUGGGCACGCUGGUAUUCCUGGUGGGCUGUUUCAUGGUAUUCUCAGACACACCCACGCAGGAGCUGUGCAGCAGCGCCGAUAGCUUCCAGAUGUGCCCACUCUGUCUCACCUGCCCCUUCUGGCUGCUCUCCAGCACCUGCGCCCUAGCCCAGGCCGGCCGGCUGUUCGACCACGGCGGCACCGUGUUCUUCAGCGUGCUCGUGGCGCUGUGGGCCGUGCUGUUUCUGGAGUGCUGGAAGCGGAAGAGCGCCGCGCUGGCCUACCGCUGGGGCUGCUUCGACUACGAGGACACCGAGGAGAGGCCGCGGCCCCAGUUUGCCGCCUCGGCCCCCACGACAGCCCUGAACCCCAUCACCGGCGAGGAGGAGCCCUACUUCUCCCCGAGGAGCCGCACCCGUCGCAUGCUGGCCAGCUCCGUGCUGGUGCUGAUGAUGGUGGCCAUGGUGGUCAUAUGCCUCAUGUCCAUCAUCCUGUACCGCGCCAUCAUGGCCAUCCUGGUGUCCAGGUUGAACAACACCCUCUUGGCAGCCUGGGCUUCUCGCAUCGCCAGCCUCUCGGGCUCCGUCGUGAACCUGUUCUUCAUCCUUGUCCUCUCCAAGGUCUAUGUGGCUUUGGCCCACAUCCUGACAAGAUGGGAAAUGCACCGGACACAGACCCAGUUCGAGGACGCCUUCACCCUCAAGGUGUUCAUCUUCCAGUUCGUCAACUUCUAUUCCUCGCCCAUCUACAUCGCCUUCUUCAAGGGCAGGUUUGUGGGGUACCCGGGCAACUACCACACUUUGUUGGGGGUUCGCAACGAGGAGUGUGCGGCAGGAGGUUGUCUCAUCGAGCUGGCACAGGAGCUCCUGGUCAUCAUGGUGGGCAAGCAAAUCAUCAAUAACGUGCAGGAGAUUCUCAUCCCGAAGCUCAAGGGCUGGUGGCUGAAGUUCCGGCUUCGCUCCAAGAAGAGGAAGGUGGUGGCUUCAGCCGCUGCCAGCCAGACGCCCUGGGAGGCAGACUAUGAGCUCCUGCCCUGUGAGGGCCUAUUUGAUGAGUACCUCAAAAUGGUGCUGCAGUUCGGCUUCGUCACCAUCUUCGUGGCCGCCUGCCCGCUGGCGCCGCUCUUCGCGCUGCUCAACAACUGGGUGGAGAUCCGCCUGGACGCGCGCAAGUUCGUGUGCGAGCGCCGGCGCCCAGUGGCCCAGCGCGCGCAGGGUGUGGGCAUCUGGUUCCCCAUCCUGACUGGCAUCGCGCACCUGGCGGUCAUCAGCAACGCGGUGCUGCUGGCCUUCUCCUCCGAGUUCCUGCCGCGCACCUAUUACCGCUGGACCCGCGCCGGUGACCUGCGCGGCUUCGUCAACUUUACACUGGCGCGCGCCCCGCCGGCCUUCACCGCCGCGCACAACCGCACGUGCAGGUAUCGGGCAUUCAGGGAAGACGAUGGGCAUUAUUCCGGGACUUACUGGAACCUUCUGGCUAUCCGCCUGGCCUUUGUCAUUGUGUUUGAGCAUGUGGUGUUCUACAUUGGCUGGGUUCUCAACCUCCUGGUACCUGACAUCCCUGAGUCCGUGCAGAUCAAGGUGAAGCGGGAGUACUACCUGGCCAAGCAGGCGCUGGCUGAGAACGAGGCUCUCUUGGGGACGAAUGGAGCCAAGGACAACCAGCCCUCAGCCUCAGGAGAGUCUGGGCUCACAGCCUAG